AUGACUUCUAAAGAAAAGAAUUCAAAUAUACUUCAAUUACAUUAUAAUGAUGAUUAUAUUGAACAAACAAUUCAAUAUCAACAAUCUAAUAGUCAAUUAAUUAAUGUUGAUCAAUUAUAUGUAAAUAUUGUAGGUGCAUGUAGUAUUUGGCAAUGGUUUACAGCAAUAUUAGUCAUGUUUAGUAAUCCAUCUACUCCAACAUUUCCUGUAUUUGCUAAUUCAAUACCACAACAACGUUGUCGUCUAUCUAAUAAUAUAGAAAAUAUAAUACAUUUAAAGAAUUUAUCAUUAGAACAAGUUGGUAUUAUAAUUGGUCCAUGGAAAAAUAAAACUGAUACAAAUUAUACACAAAUGAAUGGAUGUUAUCAAUAUAAAUUGAAUUGGACAGAAAAUUUAUUUGAAGAAGUAAUUCAUACUUAUGAUAAAGGAUCAUUUCAAUCAAAAUUUAUUCAUUAUCAAAUAAUUCCAUGUGAAAAUGGAUAUGUAUAUGAAUUAAAUGAAUUACAAUAUCCUGGAAGUGUUGUAAUUGAAUUUGAUACAGUUUGUCAACAUAAUUGGCUUGUACCAUUAGGUUCAUCAAUUUAUUUUGUUGGAAUGAUGAUUGGAUUUAUAUUUGGUGGUUGGGCUGGUGAUCAAUUUGGACGAAAAAAUUCAUCAAUAAUUUUAGCAAUAAUUGAGUUUAUAUUUAGUAUUUGUACAUCAUUGUCACCUAAUUACAUUGUUUAUAUAUUGUCUAGAGCAAUUGUUGGUAUAGCAAAUAUAGGUAAAGUUACAGUAUUAAAUGUGUUAGUAAUGGAGAUGACUAUAGCUAAAUAUCGUUCAUAUAUUGGUGCUGUAAUGGCAUUGGGAUACAAUUUUCUAUUGAGAGCAUUAAUAUCAUUAGAAGCAUAUUUCAUACCGAAUUGGAGAUGGUUAAAUUUGUCUGUAAUGGCACCUAAUUUAUUGUGUAUUUUAUAUUUUUGGUGUUUAGUUGAAUCACCAAGAUGGUUAUUAUCUAAAGGUCGACGUAUUGAUGCACUAAAAUCAUUAAAGUUUGCCUAUAGAGCUAAUCAUUUUCAUAUGAGAAAAAGCAUGAAAUCCAAAUAUAUACUUGAUGGAAUGAUUCAACAAGAAGAAGAACUACAAAAAAAUAAACAAGAAUAUGAAUGUACUCCACAAAGCCAUUCAGUUAUAACCAAUAUUCAAAAAACAAAUCAAAAUAAUCAAAUUUAUCCGAAUAACAAUGAAAGAUUUUUUAUGAAAUUUUUAAAGUCACUUUUUCUACCAUUUUCUACUAGACAAUUAGCUAAAACUACUAUUCUUGGAGUAAUUUUAUUCAGUGGUGAAGUAAUGACAUUCUUUGGUUUACUACUUUAUGCUCGUGCUGUACGUGGAAGUGUUUAUUUAGUUAGCUUUAUCAAUGCAUGCACUAGUAUACCGGCUUUGUUUCUAUCAACAAUAUUAUAUCGUGUUAUACGUCAUCGUAAACCUCCAUUAUUUUUUGUUUAUAUUGUAGCGUCUAUCAUUUUAUUAUCAUGUGGUUUAUACACUUAUAUAUUUAAUCCAGAAGGUGAUUUAAUCCUAGCUAUCGGAUCAAAUUUAUCACUUAUAUUUCUUGCUGCUGGUUUAUUUAUGCUUUAUAUAUAUAUACCUGAAUUAUAUCCAUCUGUUAUACGAUCUCAAGGAUUUGGAACUGUGGCUGGAUUAGGUCGAACUGGUAGUAUAAUUUGUACGUUUAUUAAUCAAUUAGAUAUAUCGAUUGGACAUGGUGUACCAUUAAUAAUUUAUUCAGUUGUAAUUUUUAUGCAAUUAAUUUUAUUAUAUGUUAUACCAGAUACAAGUGGUGAGAAUUUACCUGAUAUGAUAGUAGAAAAAUUGCAACCAAAUAUGGAAAAUGUAAACAAUAUCAACGAUUCAGUAUUUCCAAUAUCGGAAGCAGUGGAAAUUACAAGAAUCUGA